UAGAAGAACUCAUUAUUCCAUCAGCUUUUUGUGUAUAGCAAGUAAAAAAUGAAGCAAAAACUUUUAUUACUUUUGUUUGCCAGUUACAACCUUUCUUGGGCCGCUUACACCUACCAAAAGGCUUAUACUGUCCAAGAAUAUCAAUACCCUGUUAUGAAUCAAUAUCAAACUCAAGGAUCAUAUGGCUCAAAUAAUAUGAAUACCUACCAAUUAACUUAUAACACAGGUUCAGUUUAUUCAAUGCCGCCAAUCACAUAUGUUGGUGUUCCCAUGUACAAGCAAUAUCUGAUAAGAAAAACCUACGAAACAUCAGUUCCAGUGUACAUCAGUAAAAGCACUGCUGAUAUUUCGAAUCUGAAUAGACAAAAUACAAACCAAAUAUUAAAAAUAUUUUUCAAUUUAAAUGUCGGCGAAGAUGUUAAGCAAAACAUUCAUCAACUUUUAACGUUAGAUGCAAAUGCAAACGGCACAUAUACUCAGUACAUUUAUCAACUGAUACUUCAAAUUAUCAGUUUGAACGUUAACGAUGACGCUAAAAGAACUAUAAUCAACCUCUUGAAUUCGAGAAUUCAAGGGCUUACGACAAAUGGUGGAUCUAAUGCAUCUGAAGAACAGUCAAUUAUAAAUCAAAUCGGUAGUUUGAAUAUUGAUGAGAGUAAUAAGCAACAGCUGGUUCAAAUUUUGGUAAGUAAUUUCAAAGGACCGCAAAAUCAAAUAAGCAUUCAUAGCAAAACUCAGACAGGUACUAUAAUUAAUAAAGAUAACAAUGAUGAGUAUACUAUGAAUCAAAAUAUUGAAAAGGCCCCUGAUGAUAUUUCAGAGAAUUUUAAUGCAAAUGACUUAAAUAAAAAAAAAAUUAUGGAAAUAUUGGUUGAAGAAAAUGUCGAUGAAAAUACUAGAAAUAAAUUACUUGAAAUUUUGGCAGCCGACUCAAAUGCUGAUGGAGCAUAUACUCAAUACAUUUUAGAAUUAGUUUCUCGCAUAAAUAGUUGGGAUAUAAGUGCUGAUGUUCGGAAGAGAGUACUACAACUUUUGGCUUUUAGAAUUCUACAAUAUCAAACAAACGGAGGAUAUUCCGAUGCUGAUAUAGUUUCAGUUAAAAAUGAAAUUGAUAAUUUGAAUACAACCAAAAGUUGGAAAAAUCGUAUACUUGAAUGUUUGAUCAUGGAAUUUAAAGGAUUUCAACUUCGUGCAACGAAUGUUGAGACUACUCAACCUGGGUCACAAAAUAAUAUUGCAGAAACAGAAUAUCCAAACGAAAAAGAUGAAAAUCAGCGAAAAAUCAAGGAGAUAAUGAAUGUCAAGAAUGUAAAUAAGAAUAUGCAGAACAAAUUACUUGAACUUUUAGCUAUUGAUUCCAAUGCAGAUGGUGCAUACACUCAGUAUAUUUUGCAUCUGGUGUCACAAAUUGUCUCUUGGGAUGUAAAAGAAGACGUUCAACAGAAAGUAUUAGAGUUGUUAUGUUUGAGAGUAUUGCAGUUUCAAGAUCAUGGAGAAUAUACUCAGAACAAUGACCAAUUAAUUAAAAAUGAAGUUUUACAGCUAAAUACAACCGAUCUAUGGAAAAACAAAAUAAAUCAGUUUUUGUUAAACGAUUUUAAAGGGCUUCUUCUUCAAGUAGAAAGUAGUAUGGAUUUUCAAGGCCAAUCAACACUUCCACUUAAUUUAAAUGAAUCUUUAUAUGUUGGAGAAGGAUAUAAUCAAAAAUCCAAUCGUCAAAUACAAAACCAAGGCACUUUAAAUACACAAGAAUCUCACACCAAUAAUGUUAAUUUAGUUACAUCUACUGAAACUCUUCAUAAUAAAAAUCAAAAUCCAGUUUUUACGGAUAAACAAACUUCUAAUGAAGAAUCUCACAAUCAAGGUAAUACAAAUAUACAGGUUUCUACUCCAAAUAAUAAUUUUGCGAACACUACUGUCAUCACCACCAGUAAUUCAACUCCUCGUAAGAAUAAUGCAAACGGACAAGUAUUUAACACAAAUAUAAAUAAAAUAGGAGAAUCUAUCAGUACUCCUGUCCAAAAAGAUUUGAAACCAAUGAUGGUUUCUGCACCUAUUCAAGAUGUAUCUCAAAAGAAUAAAAUACCAAAUAACAAUUCAAAUGAAUAUGGCGAAAAUGGAAAAAAGAUAGUAGACUUAUUGACUAAGAAAAACGUGAAUGAAGAAAUGAAAAAAAAAUUACUCGAACUACUAGCAGUUGAUUCCAAAGGAAAUGGAGCUUAUACUUCAUACAUAUUGGAAUUGAUUACUCAAAUUGAAGGAUGGAAUAUAAACGUCAACGUUAAGAGAAGAGUUCUUGAAAUUUUAAUUGAUAGAAUUCUGAAAUAUCAGGUAAAUGGUGGAUACUCUGACGCUGAUAUCCAGACAAUCAAAAAUGAAAUUGAAAAAUUGAACGAGUCCAGAAGUUGGAAAAAUAUUAUAUUCCGAUAUCUAAUAAUUGAUUUCAAAGGCCAGCAACUUCAAUCCACUGGUACCGAUUCUUCUCAGAAUAAUGUACAAAAAACUGUAAUUAAGUCCAAAACUUCUAAUCAAAAUGACGAGAAUAUACAAAAAAUAUACAAUAUAUUGGUUUUAAAGAAUGUUAACAGCGAUGCUAGGAAUAGUUUGUUAAAACUUUUGACAGAUCACAUAGAAGAUACUGGAUAUACUCAGUACAUAUUGCAAGUGAUAACUAAAAUUAUCAAUUCAGAAAUUACUGAUGAUAUUCAGGGACAAGUACUUCACCUAUUGGUAUUGAGGAUUUUACAAUAUGAAUUAAACGGUGGAUCGACUGAAGCCGACGAAAAGUUAAUUAAGAGUCAAAUCGAGCAACUCAAAACAACUUCUUAUUGGAAAAAUAUUAUAACUCGAUACUUAAUCACCGACUUUAAAGGGCACCUUUAUCAGGUCAAAGGCAGCGGACCAAGUAAGAAUCUUCCACAAGCGGCAUCCGUUCAAGGUGUUUCACAAAAAAAUCAGGAUCAAUUAGAGAAUUACAGCCAGUAUGGAGAACAUGUUCAAAACGUAAUGAAAAUAUUGAUUGAAAGAAAAAUUGAUGAAAAUACAAGAAAUAGAUUACUGACAAUUUUAGUAUCUGAUACAGAGGCCGGAGGAACAUAUACUGACUAUAUUUUGAAUGUUAUAAAUCAAAUUAUCAGUUGGGACGUAAGUAGUAAUACACAGAAAAAAAUACUUGAACUAUUGAUAUUCAGAAUUGUACAGUAUCAGAAAAAUGGUAAAUAUUCCGAUGCUGACAUAAUAUCAGUAAAAAAUGAAAUUGAGCAAUUAAAAAUAUCGAGAAAGUGGAAAAAUAUUAUACUCAACUUCUUGAUUAUAUAUUUCAAAGGAGUAUAUCUUGAAAGAAGGUACUAUGGUACCGCCCCAGAUGGGUCCAGAAAAGUGGUGCUUCAAGCACGUUAUUCGGAAGAAAAAGAAGAAAAUCGUCAAAAAAUUAUGGAAAUAAUGAUAGUCAAAAGUGUUAAUGAGGACAUGCAGAAAAAAUUACUCGAUAUUAUUAUUGAUGAUUCUACUGAAGGAGUGGCAUACACUCAAUAUAUUUUGCAACUUAUGAUACAAAUCGUUUCCUGGGAUAUUAGUAAUGACAUUCAAACAAAAAUGAUUGAAUUGUUAAUCUUUAGAAUAUGUCAAUUCGAAAUUAAUGGUGGAUCUACCCAAGCCGAUGAACAAUCAAUUAGAACUCAAAUUUCACAAUUGGAUACAACGGAAUCUUGGAAGAAUAGAUUUAUUCAAUUUUUGAUAUUAAACUUUAAAGGGCAGCUCCUCCAUGCAAAAAGUAGUAGGUCUGAUAACUCUCAAUCAAAUACAAUUCAAACCGAUAAAUUAAAUGUCAAUGAAGGAAACGAAGGAUCAUGUAUUGGUUCAUGUUCUGGUUCAACGCAAUACUUGCCUCAUACAGAUUGCUCAAAGUUUUGUCAAUGUUCCAAUGGUCAACCGAUUGUUAUGCCUUGCCCAGCCACUCUUCAAUGGGAUACAAAAAUUAAUAAUUGCAAUUAUCCUUCUCAAGUACAGUGUCCCAAUCAAGGUGGUCAAAACCAAAUAGGGCAAGCUUCUACUCAAGAUUCUGUACAAACCACUGUAACGGAAAACCAAAUUUCAAAUUCCGGUAGUGGAAACGAAGGAUCAUGUAUUGGUUCAUGUUCUGGCUCAACGCAAUAUUUGCCCCAUGCAGAUUGCUCAAAGUUUUGUCAAUGUUCCAAUGGUCAACCGAUUGUUAUGCCUUGCCCAGCCACUCUUCAAUGGGAUACAAAAAUUAAUAAUUGCAAUUAUCCUUCUCAAGUACAGUGUCCCAAUCAAGGUGGUCAAAACCAAAUCGGACAAGCUUCUUCGCAAGAUUCUGUACAAACCACUGUAACGGAAAACCAUAUUUCAAAUUCCGGUAGUGGAAACGAAGGAUCGUGUAUUGGUUCAUGUUCUGGCUCAACGCAAUAUUUGCCUCAUGCAGAUUGCUCAAAGUUUUGUCAGUGUUCCAAUGGUCAACCGGUUGUUAUGCCUUGCCCAGCAACUCUUCAGUGGGAUACAAAAAUAAAUAAUUGUAAUUAUCCUUCUCAAGUUCAGUGUCCACGCUGAAAAGUUAAAGGAUAUUUUUUAAUAAAGUUGUGUUGAAGUUAUCCAAAUAAAAAUGUAAAAUUAAACAGAUCGA